UUGAUCGCGUUAUGCAUAUGGUAUUACGGGAAGACCCACUGGUAUCGGGAUCCGGGAAGCAUCUUCUUUGACUCACGGCGAGCUUUCGAGCCACGAUACAGUGUGGGACAGGAGAGACAAGCCGACGCGUUCCUAAUCACGUUAACUAAGAGUCACAUUCACGCCACUCCGGCAGUUGAUGCUGCCAAAGCCUCGGAACCAAGAAUUUGCGCCACUUUCUUGACGAGAAACAGUCCGGGCAGGGAGCAGUAUCUUGAAAGAACCAUUUCAUCGGCCCUGGCAACUAGUAGCAUUGGCGAACGUCGAGAUGUUGCUAUACAAAUUCUAUUCGCCGGGACCAACGAUACAGAACCCCCAGAUAUCCGAAACCGGCUCUUCGACUUAGUUGAUAAGACGCAUAAGACAUCAGACAUUGUCGACUCAGACAUCAUUCAGCAGAUGAUCUUGCUCCAAGCGAACGGGACUUAUGAUGCGAAAGUGCAGAAAGCGGGUCUCGAUUACACUACCGCAAUCAAGGCUUGCAUGAACAAUGGCGAUGCCCCAUACAUUGCCGUAUUUGAAGAUGAUGUGAUAUUUUCCAAUGGCUGGGUCGCACGGACAGUCGAACUUCUUAGCGAUCUUGAAGCACAGAAUGAGCACUGGAGCGAUAUGCGCCUCUUCACCCCUGAGCGGUCCAUGGGUUGGUCACCGACGACGGUCAAACUUGCAACUUUCUUAUCCAUCGCUCCAGCGAUCCUCGCUGCCGUCCUUAUCCCCCGAAUUCGCAUUCUUCGGAAGGCCAUCGACCCACGCACCGUGCGUUGGGUAGUUCCCAUUGUCGUCCCACUUACAGUUUGGUUCAUCCUGGAAGCUGGGAAGUAUUCGAUCUUCCCCCCUUCGCCGGGUCUACAUCAGCAGCGAUGGGGCUGCUGCACACAAGCGAUUGUUUUCAGCCGCAAAACUUUGUCCGAGAUGGUCCCCUGUCUAGACCUUACCGUCUUGGAUAGGCCGUACGAUUUGGCGAUUCGAGACUGUGCGUUCAGCCUUAACCUACACAGGUGGAUUGCGCAGCCGUCGCUCGUACAACAUCUAGGUUUCAAGUCGCUCAUAAAUCCAAACAGAUCAUCAGCGGAUGCAGUUUGGUCUGUCAGUUUUGAAGACAUGGAUGGACACGCGGUUCUUCAGCAACAAAAGAGACUUGUUCAACAAAUAUAUGGCUCUAGCGGCAUUUUGAGCUAAAAUGACUGGGUACUCUCUCGAUCGCAACGUCUCGAGUUUCCAGAACCCAUAAUGGUUUUUCCAAGGGCAUAACAUUCGAUUCCACGUUCACAUUAAUAACGUGUU